AUGCAGUUGGACACGUGUUUGACGACAACGCUUACGUGGGCUGAUUCAAACAUCUUCCUCAAAACCUGCUACAAGAUCCUACGACUCCUCAUAAUCUUAAUCUUCUUCUUCUUCUACAUCCUCCGAGUUCUUAGCAGAAACAAAAAUAUGAUGAACAUUUUGGCUCUGUCCUUAAUCCUCAUCACACUGGGAACCACCGGGAUCUUCUCUCCCAAUGCAGACACAAGAGCCGUAGUGAUCGAAUUCGAGAAAGACGACAACAAUGGCGGCAACCCUAAGGUUUCCAUUUCCCCGCAAGAAGCGGCGCAAAAAUCGCGGCUAGAGAAAGGCUACGUUUUGAACGCGAUGGAGAAGAUUUCCGAGAAAGCAGACGAAGUGAAACAGCGGUUCAAGGACGCCGCCGCCGUCCUCCCGAACGUCGGCGAAGGAAUUUCCGCUUAUUCCGCUCCAGAGGAAGAGGAAGUUAAGGAAACUGCCAGAGAGGAGAAAUUGCAGAAGCGAAUCAAGGGAGACGAACAGAGAAAGGAAAAGGUAAUAAUAAAAGAGAAGCGAGAAAAGGAAUUGAAGGAUAUUCUCCGGCGAGGCGGGGAGGUAUUAUACGAUGCAUUGGAGUACAUUUUCUCGCCGGAGAAUUUAAACGCCUUAUUCGGAACAGCUCAUUUGCUAGGGCUAGCCAUAGCCUACGGGAUGUGCGUGUGGGUAACGUUCAUAUCAAGCUACGUCUUAGCUUUGGCGCUGCCUAGACAGCAAUUCGCGACAGUUCAGACCAAAGUUUAUCCGCUAUAUUUCAAAGCAAUGGGUUAUAGCAUCGGAGCGGCGUUUUCGGGGCAUUUGUUGGGGCAAAGACGGUGGCCGUACUCGAGCGGGACGGAGACGUACCUAGGGUUUAAUCUUGUGGCGGCGCUUGUAAUGGUUAUGGUGAAUUUGGUGUACCUGGAGCCUAGAGCGAGUAAGGUGACGGUUGAGAGGAUGAAGAUGGAGAAGGAAGAAGGGAGAGGGAUGUCGGCUGGAAUGAUGAAGCUGAGUAAGAGAUUGAAGAAGCUGAAUUCACAGUCGUCGUUUCUUAAUGUGGUUACACUCAUGGCCAUGACUUUGCACCUCGCCCACAUUGCCCAACGUCUUCAUUAUGUGUGCUAG